GCUCUUUCUCCGAAUCUUCUAUCUACACCAUUCGCUCCACGUCCACAGCCUGCCGAGAGCGGUUUCCUCAAUGCCGCGUCGCUUUGUCUUUUGACACGAAUUAGCUUCGAUUCCAACUGGAGGAUGGCUGAGGCUGGCUGUGGCUGGUCGUUUUGUUUGAGGCUCUCGACGAUACUACUGGCUGAUGGCGCAUGGCCUGCAAAGGCAAGAUUCGGACAGGACUCCGCUAGAAAUGUCCAUCGUGAGGGUCAAUGCGCAGGUAUUCGGUCCGCAGACGACCAUAUCUUAUUGUCUCUACAAUGACCGUCCUGACUGCUCGGCAACAACCGACACUUUAGUUAUCGCACUCGGCAAUGCAAGACCACACAGCAUGAGUUCCAACAACCAAACCACUAUCGACAUGGCAUUGAGCGCAAGAAUAGUGAGCCUUUGUGGUGCCGCCACUGGUGCCCAGACCAGAGUCGAUACUCAUAGACUUAGGAGUCUCGACGACAGGUGCGACAACUCUAAGGAAACUCCCCCAUACAUUAAGUCCACCUGCAACAAUAAGACAACCAUGGACAUGGCCCUGAGCGCUGCGACAGUCAACAUCUACAGUGCAUCCGCAGAGGCCAAAGCUGCCGCACAGAGACUGAGAAACCUCGAAGAAAGAUUCAAACCACAGUUUGAGGUGAAACAUCCGGUAUUCGACGACAACAAUUGAGUAGUCCUCGAGGCGAGUAAGUCACAAUCCUAGAUAGCCACUUCUGCUGGCAGAAGACUGCUGCCCAGAUGGUUUGCCACAAGUGCGAGAGAGUAUGAGCUACUUGUACAUCUCGCUGCGUCUUGGAAAACCGGUCUUGCCCCUGAAUAAUUUGCAAGUCAGAUCUUGCUCCAAAGACAGUCACUUACUAUAAGA